AUGAAUUUGGUGACCAGCAAGAACUUCAUUGUUGCCAAUGCCGUAGAGGUGAUCCUGGCCGCUCCGAAGAAGGUGCCGGAGGGCACCAAGGACUAUCUCAAGAAGGAAGACUACGGAAAGGUGCCCAAGUACCUGCAGAACAUCAAGCAGGACAUCGAGGCGGAGUAUCAGUACAUCAGGGCGCUCCAAGAGCAGCAAGAGCAGGCGGAGGCUGAGAGAGUCCGGCCGAUGACAGAGGAGGAGCGGCAGAGCCUUCUGGAGGGGCUCAAAGCCAAGUGGGAGCAGGUGAACACUGCCUAUCAGGGCGGCACACACGUGACAAACUUGGACACCAUGGGCAAGUUGAAGCGGAAGGAGAAGCAUGAGGCUGAACUGAAGCCUGAGUGGCUGCAUGCCUGUCCUCGAAUGAGCAUGGAAUGCAGUGCUCGGAAUGCUCGGAAUGCAGUGCUCUUGUUUCACUGUCUCACGGGUCCUACACCAUCGAGGCCGGCCUAUAGCGCUAACAUGAAGAUAAAGGAGGUUUCCCGGCAGUGCUUGGUGCAUACCCGGCAUGGCGAUGACUGGAGCAAGGUCUACCUGAAGGGGGCCAAGCUUGGCGAGGGCUCCUACGGGGAAGUGUUCCUGGCUCUUCACGCCUCCUUGGGUGUAGCACGCGUGGUGAAGUCUGUGCCGAAGAGCCAGCUGAGCGUGGCUGGCGAGCAAGUUGAAGAUGAGGUAAAUAUGCUCAAGUCUUUGGAUCAUCCACACAUUGUGCGUGUCUUUGAGGCCUUUGAGAGUGAGGAGAGCCUGCACAUCGUCAUGGACUACGCGGAGGGCGGUGAUUUAGCUUCCGUGAUCCGAGAGACGGUGGAUGCAGAGACACUGCUGCCACAGCAAUGGGUGCGGGAGACGGCCGUCCAAGUGGCGUCCGCGUUGGACUACAUGCACUCUCGGGGCGUCAUCCACUGUGAUCUGAAGCCCGGAAACACGAUGCUCUUGACUCCAUUCAGCAUGGAAGACGCCGUUGAGGGUUCGCACCCGCACGUGCUGCUAGUGGACUUUGGCCUAGCAGAGAUUUUUGAUGAGCAGGCCGCGCUGGGUGGGCCUGCAACUGUCAAGGGAAGCCCAGCCUACCUCUCACCUGAAGGGUUUGAUGGUAAGCUGACUCAGAAGUCGGACACAUGGGCCUUAGGGGUGAUGCUAUAUGAGAUGCUUGUGGGCGCCAGACCGUUCCGAGGAACCAACAACAUUUUUGUGCUGUAUUGCCAAGUCGCGAACAAUGAGCCUGCUUUCGAUAAAGUUCCCGAAGCUCCGCGAUCUCUUGUACGCGCCUUGAUGGCGAAAGAUCCACAAGCUCGAAUUUCGGCGAGACAGUGUUUUGAUCAUGAGUGGCUCCUUGACACUCUUGACAGCUUGGACUCGCACCUGCAGAUGCCAGAGGGCCUCGGCCGCCCAACAAGCUACUUCUACCGAGCUGUGACUUUCUGCAUGGCAGCUGCGCUGGGCAUGAAAGACCUUGCCCGGGACACACGGCUUUUCGAAAACUUUGACACAGACAAGUCGGGCCAACUGGACACCGAAGAGCUGAAAGCUGGUUUGGCAAGGUUGGGGCUGCGACAGGAUCCAAGUGGUCUCAUGGCAGCCAUGGACCUUGACCAGGAUGGCCAGAUCUCGUACACGGAGUUCCUGGCAGCGACCUUGUGUCUAGACGAGGCAUGA